AUGCUCAAGGAGGUUCCAACAGAGAAUGAGGUUGUUUCGAUAUACAUGAAAAAUCCCAAACCUAGUGCGAGAUUUAUUUCUCCAUCGAUGCAAGCCACUUUGGAGUCCACAGUUGCGAACUGGCGUGAUAAUCAGAAUGAUGAUAAUAUAGUGAUUAAAGAUACGAGUAAGCCUUUUGAUGUGCAUUCUCAAGUGAAUACUUCUAUUCUGACUACGACUACGACUCCUAUUCAAACUGAGGAUCUGAUUCUUGUUCAAGCCGACGAGGUGGUUUAUCACAACAUUAUGCAAGAACCCAUUAUCAAUCUUUCUCAAUCGCAGUCUCAGUCACCAACUGUUCCAACUUUCCUUCCUACUACCACUAUUACACAAAUUCCAACAUCAAUACAUACUCUAUCUACAACUGUUCCGAUUUCAACCAUUAUUUACACUCCACCUGUCUCAUCCAUUGCAACUUUAAUUCCAUUGCCUCCACCCGUCUCAUCCAUUGCAACUUUAAUUCCAUUACCUCCACCAAUCUUCGCCCAAUCAAUAACCAUUACCACUACUUCUAGUACUACAAUACCUCAUUCACCUUUAAUUUAG